AGAGAGCUUGACGUUCCUAGACGGAGGUGAAGAUGAAUUUAUAAAUAUAUUAUUGGAAAGCAAGCCUUCUACAAGAGUGAAGUCCGACUUCUGAUCUACAUAACAUACAUAAGUCUUCGAAACGUCACACCCUCAUUUCCAGAUAAUAUUCGAGUUCGGCGUGCUGAUAACAUUUCCUUGUCUUUUAUAAGCAGUUCUUGAGUCGUCUGAGCGAAUUGGAUUUUGGUCCAAUUCCUCGGCUUCGUCCUCCUUGGACAUGUUUCCCUCCCAGGCUGGCAAUCUAGAUCUAGAUGCUCUGAGCGGUAUUUGCGGGUCAAUUUCCAUUGCCUGCUGGGUUGUUGUUUUCUCACCGCAGAUCAUUGAGAAUUUCCGUCGUGGCUCUGCUGAUGGACUCUCUUUACUCUUUCUCGUGGUCUGGCUAGCAGGGGAUGUUUUUAACAUCCUCGGUGCCGUCCUUCAGGGCGUGCUGCCUACAAUGAUCAUCCUUGCCGUCUACUACACCCUCGCAGACAUUGUUCUUUUGGGCCAAUGCUUCUACUACCGGGGAUUCACGCUGCGGGAUGAACUGUCUAGUCCCACUUCUCCCGCGGAGAUCAACACUGAAGAUGAGCCUUCGCAGACUAGAAAGGCAACUGAGCGUACCUCUCUACUUCCUCCCAAGUCUAACGGCCACUCACAUCACGUCCAAGCGCAAGAGCCUCACUAUCAGUCGGGCCAGGCGGGCCAAGCAGCAACAACUACACAAGUGCGACCGUUACCAUCGCAUUCAGACCACCGGCGACACUCUGCAACAUCCUUUCGGGAGAUUAUCCAUCCGAACGUCGACGGCACACAUCUGUCACCCGCAACACCCUUCAUUGAACCGACUUCUAAGAAAUCUUUGUCUGCUCGACGCAUUUCCACUCUUCAGACUGUCCUUUUUAACUUGACUACCGUUGCACUUGUCUGCGCUGCAGGAGUCCUGGGCUGGUACGUCAGCCCUAGCUCUUCUAAGAACGAAGAAUCAGACUUGCCUGGAGAUGACCGCGAUUCAUCCUCUCUUACUUUCGACACCCCAGGCCAGGUGUUCGGCUAUCUAUGCGCCGCCCUGUACCUUGGCUCGCGCCUGCCUCAGAUCCUUCUCAACUACCGGCGCAAAUCUACGGAAGGGGUUUCACUGCUAUUUUUCCUCUUCGCAUGUAUCGGCAACCUGACAUACGUACUGUCUAUCCUGGCUUAUUCCCCAGUCUGCAAGCGACACUCUGGCCACUCUCGCGACUGUCGCCCCGGAGAAGCCGCUGCGCUCUAUGGCCGAUAUGUGCUUGUAAAUCUGUCGUGGUUGAUAGGGAGCUUCGGAACUCUCUUGCUUGACAUGUGUAUUUUCAUUCAAUUUUUCUUGUACAAAGAAAACGGAGACGGGAUAGAUGAGAUCAGUCCGCGUGACUGACUGGGUGACUGAUAGCGAUACAAGUCGGGAAUGGAUCGAAAAAGGGCGCUUAGUGUGGAGUUCUUCCUAGGGUUUCCGCUGCUUGUUUUACUCAUUAUGAUACUCUGUCCGCAAAAUGUAUAUAUAGAGGUGAGAAAGAAGAGAAGGUUGUCAUAAGAU